UGUUCCUUGUAGACGUAAACCUUCCAAUUACUACCCGGUUGAAUUAAUUGAAAUCAAAACUUGUUUAAAAACUAGUGAGUGGACUUUGUUUUCCGUUGACCGUCCAAAUUUCGCAUCUUUUCAAGCAACCGUUGGAGAAAAAAGGAAGAGAGAGCAUCUUCUGUUUGAAGCACUGACGCAAUUUAUGAAGAGAUCCGCCCUCCAUUCAAUAAACGAGAUAGUGGGGUAAGUGGAACCUACUCGCCAUACUCUUCAGUCUCAUGCUUUAGUUUUACCAGUAAACUAACCUGCGUAACUGGCGGGAUUUAGCGCAGGAAUGCUUUUGUUUUGACGGCGAAAUCGUACGUGAACGCGAGUGGCGAAGCCGAGAGGGUAUUGGUAAGGAGUCGAGUUGAAUUUCAUCCAAGGCUUCCCCGCUUGCGAGCUACACCCGCGUGAGAAUAAAAAGGCGGCUCCGCCACCAAAAAUCACUCACUCACGAAUCUCGCCAGCUACGGCUAUCAGUUAACUGUCUUGUCGCUCUUUUGCCAAGAACAACAUGCGCAACAUCUAAUAUGCAUUAGACUAUCAUUCUGUUGAUAAUCAAGACAACAAAAUGCAGCUGACCCUUAUCCCGCCCUCUCUUGCUCUUAUUGAUAUCAAGCUUCUCCCCGCAGUUUUUAUCACACCAAGUACAAGCGCAUCCAAGCACCUCAUGUUGUGGGCCACUAUGCGGCAGGGGCCCGGGUCAUAGGCCUGACAGAGAACCAGCUGAGGAGGCACAUGGAGAGCCUUAAGGCCAGACAUGCGGCUGGUGAUAACAAAUCCCCGUAUGCCGAGCCUCUGCACAUAGUGUUUGGCAAGGUGAAAAAGCGUCCUCAAAGCCGUCCUAAGCCUGUUAUUCCACAUGGAAGUGUUAAAGGAACAAACCCCUUGCCAGAUACGUCUCAAACGCGCGGAAAAAUUCGACUCAAGUUCGGUAGACUGAACAUGAACCCGUCAUCUUCCAAUCCUAAUCUUCGCAACAAGAAUCCUGUACUGCCAAACAGGCAUGCCAUGGGCCAUGCAGCUCAGCUACUGAUGCCUCGUCAAGGAAAGCGCGAACAGCCCAGACCCCCACUGAAAAAAAAUGGUUGGGUCAGUCAGCGGAUUAAACCAUUUCCAGUUGAACUUCCAAGCGUGUAUGUGAAAGAAGGAAAGAAAAGAGAUAAACCAGAACAGCGAUUGAGUCUGACAUUUGAUGAUCUACCCAAAAUAAGAGACAAGGUUGCUCAAGCAAGAGAAGUCCACUUCAAAAGGCUCAGGGAAACAAAAAGUAAAGACAGUGAAGAACAUUGGAAAUCCUUAGGACCUAAUGACAUAACCUCUAAUGUAUUACGGAAUUACUUUAGACUCUCUUUUAAUGCCUACACACCAUAUGUUACUAUCAGUUUGGCUUGAGGAUGUACAGCACUCACUAAGAGUUUAUGUCAAUUUACAGUCCCCAGUUACAUGUGGUGUUCAGUGCAAGUUUCUGAAUAUUUGUAGAGGGCUUCAGAAUGAAGUAGAAUGUGAAAUACCAUCAGAAAAACUGUCAGAUGACAGAUUAAUAAUGACAGGAAAUAGUAACCUAAAUGAUCCUCCUUGAAAUAAACAGGUGUUUUCUAG